UCUCGUGCUUGUUCCCAGGUGCGAUAUGAGGUGGCUGCUCUUUCAUUGCCUGAGUAGACACCUCUUUUCAAUAAUUUUUUUUUUUCCUUCUUUGCUUUUGGAUUUUCUCUUUUGUCUUCUGCUUUAUGGGAUGUUUUAUAUAUACUUAUACACAUAUUUCACGGUGGUCAGCACUAUCCGACAGUGUAUGCCUCGCGGAUCCCCAGGCGUCCAAGAGGAUAGUGGACGAGAUCCGACGGCGGGUGACCUCUCACGGGUUCAAGGCACUUCGUGUUUUUGGGGUUAUUGUAUGUUUGCAGAUGAAUAGACUUUGGGAAGCAAGGGCGCUUGGGCGCUUAUGGAGAAAAGAAAAAUUCCAGGUUGGUGGGUGCUACAUGGGAGCAGCGAGUCUUUUAGUUUAUGGAAAGUUUUGUGUGUGAGGCAUGUGACAGCAGCGUUUUAGCGUUUGUGACGAUUUUCUAU